AUGACUUGCUAUGAGCCUAGGCCGCGUGGUUCAGAUUUGCUUCAGGAGGCCCUGGAUCAGGUGAGGGUGAUUCAGGAUAGGCUCAGGACGGCUCAGAGUAGGCACCAGAGUUAUGCGGAUCAGAGGCAUCGACCUUUGAGAUUCUCUGUUGGUGACCGGGUAUUCCUCCGUGUGUCGCCCAUGAAGGGCGUGAUAGGGUUUGGGAGGCGGGGCAAGCUUAGCCCCAGGUACAUUGGGCCUUUUGAGAUACUUCGGACAGUUGGAGAGGUUGCUUAUGAGUUGGCCCAGCCUCCAGCAUUUUCGGCCAUCCACCCAGUGUUUCAUGUUUCGAUGCUGCGGCGAUAUGUUCCUGAUGAGUCCCAUGUGCUCCAGUAUGAUGCAGUCGAGUUGGAUGAUCGUUUGACAUUUGUAGAGGAGCCAGUUGCCAUUCUAGCCAGAGAUGUGAGGAGAUUGCGCUCGACAGCCAUUCCUGUUGUUAAGGUUCGUUGGAGGCAUCGUCCAGUCGAGGAGGCUACCUGGGAGACCGAGCAGGAGAUGCGAGAGAAGUUUCCCAGCUUGUUUGAGCCUUCAGGUUUUCAAUAUCUUUCCGAGCACUUUUGUUGGUUUUGA